GGGUCUGCUUUAGCUCACGCCCACGCCCACUCGCUCGCUAGCGUCCAAUCGCACGGUGGAUCUCCCACUUCUGCUCCGCCCAAGCAGCCGAGACCGUAACCUCAUUCUGCACCGCGUGUCCACGCGCUGGGCCAGACUAGACAUCCUCAUUGUUCUAGCAGACGCCAGUCAUGUCUGCACCGGAUCGUAGCAGUGGCGAGGCGGCCGUGCCAGAAUACAGGAUCCAUCAUGGCGGCCACGACAGAUUCACACUGGAGCUCGAGUUUGUGCAGAUGCUGGCGAACCCACAAUAUCUGUCGUACCUCGCGGACAAGAAACUGCUAGAGAACGAAGAGUUCGUGGCAUAUCUAGAUUAUCUGCAGUACUUCCGUGAUCCGACUUACCUUCGAUACCUGCAGUAUCCUGGCCCUACCUUGCGAGCCCUGGAGCUGUUACAAGAAGAGCGGUUCCGCAAAGACAUUCUCAGCCCAGAAGUUGCGGGACGGCUCUUCCACGAGGGCAUGGAAGCGAGCACUUCUACGUGAUGACGAUUCUGUUAUCUUACCUCGCAGCCCUUUGCACACUGGCUAUGCUUCUCUGUAAUGGCCACCAACGUUGAUUGCGCGGCCCUGCUUGGAUGGCACUGUUUAGGUGCUGCCAAGCCGCUCGGCACAUGAUUCGUCCAAAGUUGAAGAACCAGCGUGUAGCGUCAAGGCAAUACCGGUCGUUCAACGUUCCGAAAGGACCUGUACCACAGAAUCGGAAAGUUCGCCAGGAUAUCAAGACAUCUCUCGGCACAGUCGGAGCGAUCAUUGUGGUUGUCCCCCGAUCGCUCAGUGACGAGUCACGACGUUUAUGCUUCAAGGCAUCAAAUUCGAGUUUGACAAUUAUUACUGUCAGCACGGAUAGGUUGCAGAUGCCAGAGCCAGGAGAUUAUCGCGCAGUCGCGCCUCAUGGGCUACUCAGAGCACGAGUGGAGUCGUCGAGUGAUUGCGGAAUACGCAAAAUACAUUGUAUGUUUCAGGAACCUACUCAACUCAAAUAAUCAAUACUGAAACCAGGCAAAUCUGACACUGUGUACAUCGUUGACCUCAA